GCGAAGACCUGCUAUCGAGUCUGACGUCGACGUUUGAUGCGAAAAUGCGCUCACUGCUUUCUGGGUCGGCUGCUGCGGUCACGGCAGAAGUGGAGCCACCUGUGGCUGGGGACCCGGCAGAUGAUGUGACGGCAGACGUGACGUCAUCGACAUCAGCCGAUGUGACGUCACCCGCCUUCCGUGAUCCCAGCCUGCAUCGGUCCACCUCUACUACUUCUGCCGGCUCCAGUCAACACUGCUAUCAGUUGAACCGCAGCAACUCAUCAACCGGCGGCGGCGGCAGCAGCCAGGAAAGCAAACAGCAGAGUGUCAAUGAAGAGGGGGACGAACAAUCAUCAUUAUUACUAGAAGGAAAGAAGAAGAAGAAGCGAGUGGAAGGAGAAGCAGAGGAAGAAGGAGAGGGAGAAGAGAAGAAGGACGACAGUUUACUCACCAAGGAUCCUCUGUCCUGUAAAGUCAUUUUACAGGAGCAGAAAAAGGAUGACGAUGAAGCCGCCUUUGUUUGCAAGGUGCGACGCAGUGAAUCGUUGGAGAAACGCGCGUUGAAAAACGCAGACGAUUUGCUGGCGGCUGGAGAGAGCAAGAUAUCGCGUCGCAGUUCAGAUCGCGCGUUGAAACGCAGUGAUUCGCUCACCAAGUCAGAGAAGACCGAAUCGAAUCUCUAUCGGCGGCGACAGGCCAGCCAACAACAGGCAAGCAAACGUAAGAACGGUGUAGGAGCGACCAGUAGUAGUGCGGGCGGGGGAGGGGGAGGGGGAACCAACACACGCAAAUGCGCCAUCAAACGGCGUCACACAGUCGGAGGCACCAAGGACCUGACGUGGGCACUGGACGCAGUGGAAACUGGACGCAGUGACAGUGGCUCGGGUGCCGGUGGUUCGGAGGCCACCUACCAGCACAGGCGAACCUCAUCGCCGGACCUCAGUCGAGCCGCGCGCUCUGCCUGCUGUACGCUGGUCGUCGCUCCGUGGGGGGGUGAGGGUGUCGGGGUCACUUCGCCGCUCGAGUCGCACGUCUAGUGCCGCCAUCUUGGAUGCUG